CUGCAGGGUUGGGAAUCACGUGAUUUCAGAACGUAAUCUCAUUGGUUGGUGAAAUCGUUCUUCCUUUAGAGGCCUUGUGUGAAGACAGGCUUGAUACCUAACGGAUAGAAAGAUGGGGGAGAGAGAAGAGAAAGAAGCUUUCGUCACACUAGCCACAAACGACGUAUAUGCUAUAGGAUGUCUGGUGCUGGGCCAUUCUCUUCGACGGGUAAAAACAAGCCGACAGCUUGUUGUCAUGGUGACACCUGGGGUAACGGAGAAAAUGAGAUUACAGCUGCAGGCAGUAUUCCACCUUGUUCAAGAAGUGGAUUUGCUAGACAGCAAAGACGAGCAAAACUUGAGUUUGUUGGGUCGCCCAGACCUUAAUGUCACCUUUACCAAAUUGCAUUGCUGGCGGCUAACACAGUUUCAGAAGGCAGUCUUUCUAGAUGCAGAUACUUUAGUGCUUCAAAAUGUGGAUGAAUUGUUUGACAGAGAAGAGCUUUCAGCUGCACCAGAUCCAGGCUGGCCUGACUGUUUUAAUUCAGGAGUGUUUGUAUACAAACCUUCAGAAGAAACAUACUCAAGGCUUUUGCAGUUUGCACUCACUUCUGGAUCUUUCGAUGGAGGAGACCAAGGUUUGCUGAACCUGUUCUUCAAUGACUGGCCAACAAAGGACAUAGCAAAACACUUGCCAUUUAUCUACAAUGUUGUUUCCCAUGCAUUCUACAGUUAUCUUCCUGCAUUUCGGCAGUUUAAAAACCAGAUAAAGAUUGUGCAUUUUAUUGGUGCCAUCAAACCCUGGCACCAUCCUUACAACACAGUCACACGCACUGUCACCACAUUGCCAGAGACUUAUCACAGCCAAGAGUUUCUUCAGUAUUGGUGGGAUAUCUUCAUUGAAUCAGUCCAUCCUCAUCUGGACCCCCUUGUGCAAAAGGAGGAGACUCCCAAUUAUGCGCACAACCUGCCGACUUCCCUUCCAUCUCCUCUUCCUCCUCCUCCUCCUCCCACUCAGCAUGGCAUGGAAGGGACUGGACGCAGGUUUGGCCAGCCUACCUCCUAUCAAGUCCUCUUCCCCUAUGUCCCCCCUGCUGUGGACCAGCCUUCGUACAUUCCACCUCAAGUCCAGGAGUUCUGGCCGGCCCCCCUUCCGUUUCAUCCUUCCUCCGACGCUUUCGUAGACCAACAACAAGAGCACCAGACCCAUCCAGACAGCAGCUGGCAUUGGCAAGCUAGCCAACCUGCUGCUUGUGCAGAUCUUCAUACCGAGGGGCGGCAAGCGUGGCAGAAGGAUCAUGAGAGGGAAGAACCGUCAGUCCCACGGAUCAUCGAAAUGCCCAUAAUGUCACGUAACUUUCACGUGUUCGAGACUUACUAUUCGGAAGAGCCGAUGACGGCCAUCAACCCGGAUUCGCCCCCUCCUGCCGCGUAUGAAAGUACUGAAUUCGAGGACAUUUUAACACGCGAGGCUGCAAAAGUUGUGCCAGCAGUCAAAUGGGAAGUCCCCAGUGGUAGUGGUGAUGCGAAAGGUAGGGAAGUGGAUGGAUUGCCCAGAAAAGAAAACGGUUAUGAGCCCAGAGAAGAAUUCCAAGAAGGUGCGGAAAGAUCAGGAAAGGUGUCGGAGAAUGGGGGUGGUCUGGUUGGAGAACUAGCACAGAUGAAGAUCGUGGCAGGAACAGGUGAUGUACCCAGUGCUACCCUACUUGGCAAUCGUGAACGUCGCCUGGCAUGGGAACGUGGACAGGCAGACUACCUGGGAAGUGACCGCUUUGAGAACAUCCAGAAGAAAUUGGACCAAAAGCUGACCACUACUGUUUCGGUACCCAAGUUAGGGGAAAAGAGACACAGGAGGCGCAGAAAGAAAUCCAUUUAACCUCUCAAUGGUUGAGACAAGUCUGAUUUCUUUUUAAAGGGAGUGAUGGAGUGCUUGCGUGCAUGCAGGAGACUUGGGCCAGCCAGGUGCUGCUAGUUCUGGAUGACCAUUGACGUCACCUCGCUGGACCGUGCAUGCUUUCUGCAUCUGUGAGUUUUUCCCAGACUGCAGUGCAGUGUUUUCUAACCUACUGUUGUUGCCAUCCGUGCUGCCCACAGUACUACUACUACCAUUGUCACCUCCCAUCACCAAACACUGUGCUGCCAUGUUGACAAGACAAUCCAGGUGCCCUACUACUACGACAAUCCAGCUUGCCACCAGAAACUAGUGUCAGAUGGGCUUGGCACGGUUGGGUGUUGGCAUGUGCAAGUUGACAAUAGAAUGCAGACUAGAGGGGCUCAGCUGCAAAAGAAAACAAUUUUUUUGUACUUGUAGAGUGUGAUGGGCUGCCUUUGUAGCUAGCCGCAGAUUUUUUUAAAAAUUCCUUUAUUUAGUUUAUGCUUUUUUCAAAGACAUAGUGUGAGAACCUUGCCACAAGGUUAAAUUUUUGUUGACAUGUUUUUGCACGGAAAACUUGCAAGAUUUGCUGGUGUGUGGUUGAGAGAAAAUGGUGGUUGUUCAACAGCACUAGAAAUAGGAAGAAGUGGGGUAUUGGAAGGGGUUGGGGGACUUAUUUGUAUCUGCUCUAGCACUUCAAGGGCCAGCACUCUGUUGUGUCUGUGUAUUGCGGCAGGUGGUGUUGCCCUGAUGAUCACCAAGCAUCCCCUUUUAUCUUCAGCAGAUAAAGGAAAAGAUGCUGUUAUGCUUUCCUCUAUAUUUAAUUGUUAGCAAACAUUGGGUUUUUAAUAGCUUUUUUGAAAAGAAGGUUGGAGAUGAACAAAAAAUGAUGCCUGAAUUUUUCAUUGUAAGAAAUCUUUUCUUUAAAAAAAAAAAAAGUCCCACCAGUGUUAUUUCUCUUGAUUUCUGUGGUUAUUUCUUUGCAAAGUAUGGCAUGUUUCAGCAAGCUUUAAUCAGUAGGAUUCACUGACAUGGUACUCAGCUGGAUUAUCUGGGGUUAUAUUAGGGAUUUGAUUUUUUGGAGUUGAUCUCCUCCUGCAAAAUUACUGAAAAACUACAAGUUUCAGUAGUGUGUGAAUACAAAAAGUUGCUUGAAUUUGAUGUUUGAUGUUUGUUCUGGUCUUGUCCCCAUUACUAAUCAACAGUGCAUGGAAAAUCUAGUUGGUUGAAAGACUGUAGGUAGCGUGGGAUGUUGUCUAUUGAAAUUGCAAUAAUAAAAAUUACUUAAGCUGGAAGGAGUUCAGCAUGCAGCUACAUAGCACUUGUCAAGGACUGUUUUGUGGUAAUAUUUUGAAAAAGAAAUAUCUAUAAAAUCAGGCACCGUGUAGCAGGAAACACCAGCUACAGCAGGUUGAAACUUGAAAUUACAUUUUAAAAGUGUAAGAGGUACCUUAUUGACACUUCAGAAGAUAUUCUUGUUACCAGGCAAGAGGCGGUUCACUAUUUUCCUCUGGCAUCUUGGAAGGAAUAUGGGAGAAUUGGUACAAAUAUUCUCGUUUGUGGUGGUUGGGUAUUAAUAAAUACCAGCUAAGCACACGAGAUUAAAAAAUGUUCCGCAUAUGCUAGAUUAGUUUAGUCACACCACCUGUUACAUCAGUUCUGUGAUGGCAACGAGUAAGGUACAGGAAAACAGUAAGGUACAGCAUUGGUACAGGAAAAUAAAUCGGGUUUGUUAAGAACAAUACACAGCACAAGCCUUGUCUUUCAUUUGCUUAACGGUUUUGUUUUGGUUUUUUAUUUUCUUUUUUAACACACCAAAAGUGCUUUUGUCCUUUGGCUAUCAUUUGUUAAGUUUGUACCAUGCUUUGAGUAAAUGAUAGGUCGGGUAGGUUUAUUUGCAAGUUUGUCUGGGGUUUAUAUUCAUUACCUCAAAUUCUUUAUAAGGUGUCAUGUUAGAUACUUUUUUUUAUAAUGAGUGUAAGUUUACAUUGUAAUUGAAUUACAUCAUUUCUAUGAAAGUAUUUUUUUAAGUGGCUAGAAAUUAGUGAUGAUAGCAUCAAAGGUUAUCAGUUUUCAAAGCAGCAGGACAGCUUUUUCAAAUAUGUUUAGAGUUUUGUGAUAUCUGGGGCUUGUUUGGGUUUGUUGCCCAAUCUCGAUGUGACACUCCCUUAUUUGUAUGUUUGGUGGACAUGUUUGGGUAGGUAAGAGUUAUAAUUUGACAUUGGAGUCACUGAAUGGGCUCCUGGCAAUUGUUUCCAGAUGUGUUGAAGGAACUUUUUUUU